AAGCGCAAUGCACCACAAAGUGGUGUCAAGUCUAGUCAAUCGAGUGAAGGAGAAGUCUGCUUUGUUGAUGAAACGGAUGGGAUCUCUACAGCCCAUUCAGGAUCUGAUGAUGACCUCAAAGAAUUUGACCUCUUCAAGAAGAGAUCCCACUCGAAGGAUAAGGGCAAAAGAAAAGUAGUUAAACCAAUUAUCAUCGAUUCAGAUGCCGAGUCUACAUCGGGCAAUCAGUCUUCGAUGGCUGAGAGCUCGAAAGCCAAAG